CGAUCUCGUGCCUUCUUUCGCCUCGUCUUUUCCCCUCGAAGCGCCGGUGGCACCGGUUUACUCUAUUUCAAGUAGACGUGUAUCCUCACGGGUGUAAGAGGUCACAGAAAGGUGUAACAGCCGACAGGAACGGAGUAGUUGUUAUCACGCACUCGCGUACGCCGUUGACAGGCCGCGCGAGAUCGACCGCGUUCCAGAAGCGUCUCGCAGCUGAUCGAGCAUGACGUCAGCGCGACGGCGUGAUCGACGGCACGACCGGACGACUUGGCCGGAUCUGGUCGCGCGGGUAGGUUAAAGAAGUCGAGAACCGGCACCGCGGAUCCGCCUCCUCGAUCGUAUCAGGCAGGGAGCGCGAAACUUUUCGAAACUUUUGACCGAUGUUGUACGACAGCGACACGAUCGCGGAUAGCGGAAGAUAAAAGAUACGCCUCCGAAAUCGAUUUGUGUAUUUUAAAACUAGGUGGAAAUUACAAAAGUGAAGAAAUUCACUAGAGUCUCUGCAAUUUCAUACGUCGAAAACUAGUAAAUUUCCUCUUCUUGUAUUUUUCAUCUCGUUUCCCUGAAGAAAUCCCUGAGAGAACAGCCAAUCAGACUGAUGUGACGUCACUGACGCGAGUUCUGUGCCGAAUAUCUCGUGAGUUUUGAAUUUGAGGUUAGGUUCUCCGUGUAGAGGUAACCUUUCGUGACUGUCGCUCGACCGGCGCUGAAAUAAUCAUAUAAUGAUCUCGUCGUGACUGAGAUCUCUGUGGUGGUUUGACAUGAAUACCCAACAAAUAUUCCAACUUCCUCAUAGACUCAAAGCGGCCUUCAGGCUGCUCACGUCGAGGUUUAAUGAGAUCGGCACUAAAAUUGGAAGCUACGAGAUGCCCGAGAGGAUCAGAGGCACUGUCCUUGAACGCUGGGCGAAAUACUGGCACGGUCUGUACAUCGAUUACAAGGAUGUCGCCUUCGAUGUAGCCAAAGAUUGCAGGGAGCGUCCAGUACGUGCUGCGAUGUACAUAACAGUUCUAGGAGCUUGUUUCUAUUCUAAUCGACACAAUCCGGAUGAAACUAUGUUCAGGGAGCAAUUGAUACAAAGCAGUACAAAACUAAUACAAGUAGGAGAACCUAUACGCAAUCCCAUUUCUGUUCAACAUGUAAAAUGGUUGGAACAAUGCUAUAACGAGGGACUAAUCAGAAGACUUAAUUUGGGUGUUCUGUCUUUGAUUUGGUUAGAUAAUUACGACAAAGACUGUUCUUCCUAUAAAGCAGUCUGUCCUUAUCUAAAACCACGAUAUGUAACUUUUUAUGAAAGGAUAGUGGACGUAGGAUUCCUUGAAAAAUGGUGGUUAUUAGAAAAAAAGAUGAAAGACUAUGAUGUAAAUGAAGCCGAAUUCAGUGUUACAAACAAUGGCACCGUUUCAGCAUAAUAAAUUUUAGGAAAAAAAUGUUCUUAAUUAUAUAAGAAAGUAAGAAUUAUGUAAGUUUUUGGAAAACAUGUAUAUAUUCGUGAUUCGGUAACUACAGGAUACAAAAAUUUGAUAAAACAAAUAAACAGAUGUCUAAUAACU